ACACUCUCACACCCAAAAAAAUUACUUAAAGCUUUGCAUGUUUUCUUGUCUUGUUUUUCGUUUUCGUCAUUUUCUUUUUCUUAUAUUAAUUAAUGACUCUCAUAACAUAGUUGUCCCUUUUCUUUGUCACCUAACAACUCUAUGGAUCCAUGGAAAGUACGUAUAUUUUUCUAAGCUAUUCAAUUAAAUGCACUAUAUAUAGUCAUUAUUUUCAUGAGUGGCAUAGUAUUAGUGAAAGUGUUCUUUCUGUGAAGAAGAAGAAGAAGAAGAAAAAACAUGGGUAGAAUUCCUAAGGAGAUUAAUAAAGGUGCUUGGUCUCGUGAAGAAGAUGAUAUUCUCUCUAAAUAUGUUGCCAUUCAUGGAGAAGGAAAAUGGCAAAAGGUUGCCCAAAAUGCAGGUUUAAAGCGAUGUGGAAAAAGUUGUAGACAAAGAUGGUUGAAUUAUCUAAAACCAGGUAUAAAGAGAGGCGACAUUUCCACAGAUGAAGAAGAUAUGAUCAUAAGACUUCAUCGUCUUCUUGGUAACAGAUGGUCUUUGAUAGCUAAGAGAUUACCGGGACGAACAGAUAAUGAAAUCAAGAACUAUUGGAAUACAAAUCUAUCAAAGAGGUUACAAAAACAACCUACAUCCUCAUCAUUUUCUGUCUCACUUCAAAACAAUCACAACAAAUGUGGACAUAUAGCACCAGAAGCUCCAAGGCCAAGGAGAUUGAAGAUUGUUCAUCAAUACAACAAAAUUUUGGAGAAUAAUAACAAUGGAAGUGAGUGUGAUCAAGGAAGCGAUGAAACCUCAAUUGCCGAUUUCCUCAUCGACAACGAUCAUCAAGACAAUUUGUUGGCUUGUGAUGAUGAGUCCAACACUACCAACUCAAAGAUUCCACAAAUGGAAGAAGAUCACAAGAAGGUAGUUUCAACCAAUAGUACUCAUAACUCAUCAUCACCUUCUGAUCAUUUUCAUCUUUCAUCGGAGAAAUUCGAUCCUCUAGAUAACCUUUUGGAUGUGGAGCUCAAGAAAAUGGCUUCCUUUCUUGGACUUGAAAAUGAUUGAAAGUGAUUUGUUGCAAUCAAAGGACCAAGAGAAGAAAAAAGCCAAGUGAAAGAUCAAGCGGACUUGAGUUCCGAUGCGGUGGAGGAAGUUUCCGAUGCGACAGAGGUGAAUCUGUAAGAUUAACACUUUAACGUUCAAGAGUAAAUGAGUGAGAAAGCAGUUUGAGUUUAUGAAUGAAUGAAUGAAGAUCUAAAAUAAUGCGUGUUGUGUUUUAUAUAAGACUGACAGUUAAAACCG